AGUCUUUUUGACUUCAUGAAGGAAAGAUAUUUCCAGCCUCUCCUUCUAAAGGAGAUUAGGCCUGUUGUCCAGCAGAUCGCCAACGCACUCCACCACUUGAAGGCUGUUGGGAUAAUACAUGCAGACCUCAAGUUGGAGAACGUAAUGUUGGUGAACCAUGUAAGGGAGCCUUACAGACUCAAGGUGAUUGACUUCGGCCUGGCCUGCGACACAUCAGCUGCCAGCGUGGGCUCGUACAUUCAGACCCGUCACUACAGGUCCCCAGAGAUUCUUUUGGGUCUUCCGUUCACAGAAGCUAUAGACAUGUGGUCCCUGGGCUGCGUGGCUGUUACUUUGUACCUCGGCAUUAUACUCUACCCCGGCAAUAGUGAAUAUGAUAUGAUCAGGUACAUAGUGGAGACUCAAGGUCAGCCACCUGACCACCUGCUCACUUUUGCACAAAAGACCUGCUGCUUUUUCCAAAGAGAUUACAACUCGGGCACCAGUCUGUGGAAACUGAAGACACCACAACAGUUCCAACGAGAGGUGGGGACUCCAUCAGUGGAGACCAGGAUCUUGAAGAUGAGCUCUCUGGAUGACCUCCUGCAUGUCCGGGUCAUCCACCCAGAGAUUUCUGCAGAUAAAGUUGCAGAAAUGACUGAUCUGCUGAUGUUUGUGAACAUGGUAAAAGGAAUGCUUCAGCUCGAUGCCACUGAACGGAUUACACCCCGUCAGGUGCUGGAGCAUCAGUUCACCACCAUGUGCCACAUGGUCAGCAUGUACCCCCUCAGCUCCCAUGUUAGGUCCUGCUUUGAGAUAAUGGACACCUUUCAGCAGGCCCUGACUUCUAACAGUGGGAAAGCUUUGAGUGGGUCUUUACAGCAGACCUCCUCCAGGGCUGUUCAGCAGAACCUUCCUCCUCCUCUUGCUAAGAGAAGCAGCCAGAGUCAGGCCCACUACAUCAACCCAGAUCCCGGCACUAGAACCCAAACCAAGAGUUUAGUCAAGUCAGGGAAAAAAAGAAAAAAGGUUGAUGAUGAAGAUGGGAAUAUGAAUGACACACCUCAUCUUUCCAAAAGGGUCAAGUCUAAAUGCCACAGGUAUGCUCACAUACAACAGUCACAUCAUUAUCAAUCAGUUUACAGAGCAGAUUAUAAGAAUUUAGAGGCUCAUAAAUAAUGUGACCUUCUAUUUAUUAAAUUAAAGAAAAAGCUACGCAGGGCCACCCACCUCCAGCAGCAGCCAGGAUUCUACCAAUUACAUCCAGGCUAGCACCGCUGUGAGGAGCCAUCCCGCGCAGCCAUCCCACCACAGCAUCAGUCCCUCCAAACGCAGCCCGAGCCAAAGUUGCAUAGGGUCAGGGAUUAAAAGAAAUAAUCCAGACAGUGAAGAUGUGGGGCUUCAAGAAACAAACUCUGCCCGCUAUGAACAGUCAGAUGAUGACAGAAAGAGGCUCUGUAAAAGCUAUGUAGGUGCAUCCACCUCAAGCAGCAGCAGACAGACCCAGAGUUGCAUCUCACCAAGGGUUAAGAGGAAAAUGACUCAUGAUGAAGACUCUGACUACAAUGAGAGGCCAGGUCAUGAGAGCAAGAGGGUCAGAAAAAGCAGUGCAGAUAGAGCCACCUGCAGCAGCACCCAUGAUCCCAGCACUAGAACCCAAAUCACGGAUUUAGUCAAGUCCUGGGGAAAAAAGAAAGCGUGAUGAUGGAGAUGGGAAUAUGAAUGAAACUUCUCAUCUUUCCAAAAGGCUAAAGGCUAAAUGGCACAGGUAUGCUCACAUACAACAGUCACAUCAUUAUCAAUCAGUUUACAGAGCAGAUUAUAAGAAUUUAGAGGCUCAGUUUGAUGUCAUUUUAUAAAUAAUGUGACCUUCUAUUUAUUAAAUUAAAGAAAAAGCUACGCAGGGCCACCCACCUCCAGCAGCAGCCAGGAUUCUACAAAUUACAUCCAGGCUAGCCCCGCUGUGAGGAGCCAUCCCCUGCAGCCAUCCCACCACAGCAUCAGUCCCUCCAAACGCAGCCCGAGCCAAAGUUGCAUAGGGUCAGGGAUUAAAAGAAAGAAUGCUGACGGUGAAGAUGUGGGGCAUCAAGAAACAAACUCUGCCCGCUAUGAACAGUCAGAUGAUGACAGAAAGAGGCUACAUAAAGGUGCAUCCACCUCAAGCAGCAGCAGACAGACCCAGAGUUGCGUCUCACCAAGGGUUAAGAGGAAAAUGACUCAUGAUGAAGACUCUGACUACAAUGAGAGGCCAGAUCAUGAGAGCAAGAGGGUCAGAAAAAGCAGUGCAGAUAGAGCCACCUGCAGCAGCACCCAUGAUCCCAGCACUAGAACCCAAAUCACAGGUUUAGUCAAGUCGGGGGAAAAAAGUAAACUUAGCCACAGUCCUACCGACACUUCCCACAUUUUACCUGAUUUGAGGAGCCGCUUAGCUAAGCGCCAUAGCCCAAGCCCUGCAAGAGGCACCCAAACCGAGAGUCGGGCUUGGUCAGUACUGAAAAGAAAGGCAAAAGCUUUUGCAGCUGAUGAUGACAAUGUGUGGUAUACAAAAGAGCCUCUGAUCUUAAGUCAGAUAAUGACAGAAAGAGGAACCUGUGUGUGUGCGUGUUUAGAGGACAGGAGGAGAGGUGAGUAGAUAUGUACUGUAGCUAGAUUAUUAAUGGACGUACAAUAUUUUUCUUUUGCUCUAACAAGUCACAAGUGUGUUUAAAAUCUGACUGUUGACUUCUAGAACCUCACAUCAGUAAGAAGACAACAAGCAAGCAGUGCCAUUAACAGGGAACCUGUGACUGUAACUGCAAUUCCAUUUCGAUUGAGGCCUGGUCAC